AUGACUACCUAUAAAAUCGAAAGUUGUUAUGACAUUACACAGGGGUUUAUCAUUGAGCAGGCGACGAAGCGUCAGCCGCGUAACCUCCUGCGCGACCUUGAGAAAGUUCGGCAUGAGAAGGCUGAUGAUCCUGUCACUGGUACUAUUGUCGGAUACGCGCGUUGGAUACUUCCGUCUGGCAUGGCCGGCAGCACAGGUGCCGGAUAUGAGUGCGGACGAGAGCAAACGGUAUCAGGAACCGGCGGAAUCAGCCCGGUGGGAAUGAGAGGCGAUAUGGAUGCUCUCGAAGACAGGAAUUAUGGGGUGAUAGACCGCAUAUUAGCGGAGAAGCCACACAUCAAGCUUGAUUAUAUGGCUGCUCAUCCCGGAAAUAAGGGCAAAUGGAUCGGUACGGCGCUUGUCACCAGCGGGAUGAGGUAUGCUGAGAUGGCCAGAGCUCCUAUUUUCUGCAUGGCUUUCAAAGCAGAAUGCGGCGUCUAUGCGCGGCUUGGGGCUGGAGAAUAUGGAGCGUACUUUAUGAUGUAUGAUGUCCCUCAGAAGGUUUGA